AUAAUAAGAUAAACCUUAUUCAUAUAAUCUUACCCAAUAUUUGCCUUUACAUUGCUCGCCCCAGAUAAAUAGUUCAACUGCAUGACAUAUAUGUGUUUCCAUCCUUCUAAUAUAUUUUUCAACUGUGUAUUCAAUCUUCUUCUUGUGAGGGUUUCUUCUUCUUCUUCUUUUUUUGGCAGUUUGGUUGGUUUAUUUCUUCUCAAGCUGUAUGGGACGAGAAUUUUGAGUGUUUUUCUUUGUUUGGUUGCCUAAUAGGGGAGCUUCUUCGUUGGUGUACUUUUUUUUUUUUUAAUAAUUCCUUGGUUUUUCAUUUAUUGGAGCUUUUUUAUUGUUGUACUUGUGUUUAAUAAUUGUCUGAUUAUUGAUUUAUUUUCCAGAGUUAGAAGAAUUAGUAUUUCUUUUUCUUGAGAUAAAUUCAGCUGCUCUGGAACUCGUUCUCUCUAGGUUCUGAUACCGACCUUUAUCAUCAGGUGUGGUACACACAAACUACUACAAUUCCCAGUGUUGGGUAGUAUAAGAAGUUUGCGAGUUCUGUCGUUCUAUGCGUUACUGGGAUGUCUAAGUCAACAGCUUGGAAGUUUGGAAUAUUUGUUGUUGCAUGGUUGUGUUGGACUUCUCUAUCUUUCGGAGCUCAGGGCGCCAUUACCGACCCAGUGGAAGUGACGGCAUUGCUAGCCAUCAAGAGAAGUUUGAUAGAUCCCAAUAAGAUUCUGGGUAAUUGGAAUCGAGGAGAUCCGUGUACAUCAAGUUGGAUUGGGGUUGUGUGCUUAGAAGAUGGAUAUUUACAUGUUCAGCAACUGCUACUUCUGAAAAUGGGAUUGUCAGGAAGUCUAUCACCAGAGCUUGGCAAAUUAUUGUACCUAGAAAUAAUGGAUUUUAUGUGGAACAGCAUAAGUGGGAGUAUACCCAUGGAGAUAGGCAAUAUUACCAACUUGAAACUCUUGCUUCUGAAUGGAAACAAAUUAACAGGUACAUUACCUGAAGAGCUUGGUUAUCUUCCAAACUUGGAACGAAUACAUAUUCAUCAGAACAACAUAUCAGGACCAAUACCAGUAUCAUUUGUAAAUUUGAACAAAACAAAGUAUUUUUACAUGAACAACAAUUCAAUUAGUGGGCAAAUUCCCCCGGAGCUAUCCAGAUUAUCAAGCCUAGUUCACUUCCUUCUGGAUAAUAACAACUUAUCAGGGUAUCUUCCACCGCAGUUCUCCGAACUGCCAAGUUUAGUGAUACUUCAACUUGAUAAUAAUGACUUUGGUGGGACUACAAUUCCAGCUUCGUAUAGCAGAAUGUCUAAAUUGCGGAAGUUGAGCCUUAGGAACUGCAACUUGCAAGGGAAGAUUCCUGCUUUGAGCCUAAUACCGAACCUUGGUUAUCUAGAUCUCAGUUUAAAUCUGCUAAAUGGAACCAUAGAUGGACAGAGACUUUCUGAGGCUAUCACGUCCAUCUGUUUAUCCAACAACAGUUUUACUGGAACAAUUCCUGUGAGCUUUUCGAAUCUUCCUCGUCUCCAGAUACUGUCAAUUGCGAACAAUUCAUUGAAUGGCUCUAUUCCAUCCACCAUUUGGCAAGAUAGGGCUUUGAAUGGAAACGGAAGGCUUACAGUGGAGUUGCAGAAUAAUAAGCUUUCAAAUAUUACAGGCGAUACUAAUCUACCUCCAUAUGACACUGUCUGGCUUCAAGGGAAUCCCCUUUGCUCGAACACCAACCUAGUCAGUUUUUGUGGAUCUGAAAGUGAUGCUGAAAAUAAAAAUCAGGGUCCAACGAAUAACACUUCGGAUUGUCAACUACAAUGUCCACCCCCUUAUGAACCUUCCCCUAGAUCUCCUAAAGGUUGUUUCUGUGCUGCCCCUCUACUUGUCGGAUAUCGGUUGAAAAGUCCUGGAUUCUCAGAUUUUCGUCCUUACAUAUCAUCGUUUAAGGAUUACCUGACAUCUGGUCUUGAUAUACUCCUUUAUCAGCUGUACAUUGAUAGUUUUGAAUGGGAAGAAGGCCCUCGACUGAAAAUGUACUUGAAGCUUUUUCCAGUAUAUAAUGAUAUUCGAGUCGCCAAUCUCUUCAAUACGAGUGAGGUUCGGCGAAUCAGGAACAUGUUCACAUCAUGGAGCAUUAUCGAUAGUGAAAUCUUUGGACCUUAUGAACUUCUGAAUUUCACUCUCCUGGACAUUUAUAAAGAUGAUAGUAACAUAUUAACAGAGCAUCAAGUCUGGAAACAAACUCUCAUUGCCGUGACUUCCUCCGAAACUUCCCCUCCGUGUUUCCUUAAAUCACGAGUUCGUGUGUAGCUUAUAUUUUCACACUUAUUCAUUUCCUUGUUUUGUAAUUGUAUAGCUGGUAGUUGACCUCUGUAUACGUUUUCACAAGGCUGCGUUUGGAUAUUGUGUUAAGCUUGAACUCUUUAUGAAUAAUAGUGAGUUGAGUAUGUGGAAUAAGUUAUGUGAGACCUAUUUAAAAUGA